CGCCGCGACGACGACGAGCACGUAGAGCACAACAGUAUCGCUACAGUUCGCCGUUCAGUCUUUACCAUUCAGUCGCGUCACGUUAGUCGCACGCACAACACGCACCGUGUUCGUCCGCUCUCCCGCUCGCCGUCAUAUCGUCGCUGCGUUACACUCCGCGUAUCGCUGUCACACUCCCGAGUAUCGCUGCCCGUCGACCCGCGACAUCGAUCGCCGUCGCCGCCGUUCGUCUCGUAUUACACCGCACGCCGAUAUUAUCCACAAGUUUUCCGACAUGGGCCGAAGCCUUGCACUGUGGACGAAGACGUUGAGCUUUCCGUCCCGGAACUCGCCCAACAAAUCGUCCAAGCACAGCAUCACCACGUCCAUCAACACGUCGUCGUGCACGAUUUUCGCGCCGGCCACGACGCCCACCAAAGACAACAUCACUCCCGCGUCCACGCCAGACGUCUCUGAUUGUGAAAAAGACAAGGAUAUAAUGGGAUCUGUUGUCUAUUGCAUUCACCACAAAGAAGGUUGUAAAUGGAGUGAUCAAUUGAGGCGUCUAAAAGGACAUUUGCAAACAUGUAAAUAUGAUGCGUUGCCUUGCACAAACCACUGUGGAGCUCAAAUAGCCAGGAUUUUAAUGGAUGAUCAUGUGAGAUACACAUGUAUUGAACGUGUCAUCAAGUGUGAAUACUGUAAUGGUGAAAUGAAAGGAGAGGCAGCUGGUGAAGAACAUAGUAGAACAUGUCCAGUGGAGCCAAUCCAUUGUGAAGCUAAAUGUGGUGUAAAAAUUCCAAGACGAAUGUUGGCCAAACAUAAGGUCACAGAAUGUUCAAAAAGAUUAGUACCAUGUCGUCAUUGCGGACGACAAUUUGUGGCUGAUACUAUUAACUCACACACAACAUCAUGCCCACGUUUCCCUCUAACUUGUCCAAAUCGAUGUGAAAUUGUCACUGUGGCACGUGAAGAUUUAGAACAUCACAUUAAGCACGCAUGUCAUUCAAUGUUAAUAUCUUGUAGCUUCAAAGAUGUUGGUUGUCGAUUCAAGAGUUUAAGAGGAAAGCAAAUGGACACACACAUGGACGAAGCAAGCCAACAACAUUUAACAUUAAUGUGUUCAAUGGUAACUAAGCAACAACAACAAAUUGUAUCCAUGAAAAAAGUAAUAAAUAACUUAGCUGUUAAUCAGUCAGGUACGCUGAUUUGGAAAAUCAGCGAUGUACUGGAAAAACUUGAAGAGGGUCGUCACAAAGUAUGUGGUGAUGGUCUAGAACUCAUCAGUUCGCCGUUCUACACCAGCCAAUUUGGGUACAAGUUGCAAGCAUCGGUGUUUUUGAACGGCAACGGAUCUGGUGAAAACACACAUGUAUCUGUUUAUAUAAAAAUACUGCCAGGUGAAUUUGAUGCUUUACUGAAAUGGUCAUUUUCACAUUCUGUGGCAUUCACAUUAUUUGACCAAAGUGAAAAGCCAUGCAACAUAGUUGAGAGUUUUGUGCCUGACCCAUCUUGGGAGAAUUUUCAACGACCAAGCACGCAGCCGGAUAGUCUUGGAUUUGGUUUUCCUAAAUUUGUGUCACACGAAACCCUAUUAAAAAAAAGACAGUUCAUUAAAGAUGAUACAAUAUUUCUACGCAUAAAAGUAGAUCCAAGCAAAAUAGUAGCAGUUUAAAAAUAUUUUCAGUUUAUAAUGUAUAUUAGUAUGAUCUCGUAAAAU